UGGAUAGCAUUUGAUAACAAGCUCCCCUGUGAGCAAUAAUAGUUUUCCCAUUAAUGUGUAUAUGAUAUGAUACCUGCCCCAAAGGGCCGGUCUGUAGCUACAGUGUAACCUCGUAUCAACACAUCUGAUUACCCAGAUCGAUAGUCGGAAAUAACGUGUGAUCUGAGACGCGCCCAGUACGCUACAGUAUAACGCUACCUGUGUAAUUGAAUCUGUCUCUUCUGGCGGCAUAGCUUUGGUGUUACAGGUGUAACGUGAUGUUGUAACAACUGUGUUGGACCAGAUUCUGACAUUACCAUAUCAAGAAUGGCUGACAUGAUGGACUUUGUCACCUAGAUGGUACUUUGCAGAGCUCACAUUAGAUCGCCACACGAUCUGGCAUCGGCUAUAGAAAGCGGAUUGCGCAACCCUCAACACAACAGCUUGAAUAAAAUGUUUUCAUGUGCAUUCUGGCGACUAAAUCAAGUAGAUACAAAGAUUUUCCCUGUUUUGUCUGAGGGUUCUUGUCAUCAGCGAAGGCUACAACUAGGCUGGUUCACAUCGAAGCUCAGUUUUGAUACGGUGACGGAGCGCACAUACUGUUAAUUUCUACUGACAUAUUCGUUGAACAGAGGACUGACUCUUGUUUGUUAACCCAUCGAAUGAAUAUAUCAAACUGACCACUGGCCAUUUAACUGCACAGGAUUUCCCCCUCAUCCAAUCAGCUGCCACUGUUUAGAUAUGCGUGAUCAAGUCAUGGCGUGUUUUGGAGGUUGUGUAGACGACACGAAUCCAUUCUAUCCCACUGCCGAGGAACACAAAGAAGCGCGCCUUCGCGACAAACAGUUGACCAAGAUGUUGUCAAAAUACCACAAAGAUGAAAUGAAGAGACUAAAGCUUCUUAUGCUUGGAACUGGCGAAUCCGGGAAAAGUACAAUCACGAAACAAAUGAGAAUUAUUCAUAUCAAUGGUUUUGACAACAGGGAGAGAAUGUCAAAAAUAGUUGACAUCAAGAGGAAUAUCAGGGACUCCAUUUUGGCAGUACUAAUGGCUAUGCCACAAUUGGAUAUAUCUUUACAUGACGAAGAAAACCAGAAGAGUGUUGAUCUGCUGUUGGAGGAGGCACAGGAUGCAGAUAGGCCGGUUUCACACGACUUCCUGACACACACAGAACGGCUGUGGAGAGACAAGGGGGUCCAGGAAAGCUACAGCCGUUGUAACGAAUACCAGUUGUUGGACUGUGCAAAAUAUUUUUUAGACAAAGUCAACGAAAUACGCAGUCCUGAUUACCUCCCUUCUGAUCAGGAUAUCCUCCGCUGUCGUGUUGUCACAACAUGCAUACAGCACAUAGACUUUGCAGUUAACGAUUCGGGACAACAAGUUCAGUUCAGUGUUUACGACGUUGGGGGGCAGCGAGGAGAGAGGAAGAAGUGGAUUCAGAUGUUCGACAGUGUCGUUGCCAACGUCUUUGUAGCCGACGUCAGCAGUUUUGACGUUACGUUGAGGGAAGAUCCGGAGAAGAACAGAUUGUUGGAGGCGCUGGAGAUCUUUGAACAGGUCUGGAACAAUAGGUUUCUGAGGCACGUUUCUUGUCUUCUGUUCUUGAACAAAAUCGACAUUUUGGCGGAAAAAUUAUCCCGCAACCACACACCCCUUGAACUCACAAGCAAAUAUCCGCAUGUAUUUCCAGACUAUGAAAAAUUCGAACCUACAGCCAAUGAAAGACUGGACUUUAUUAACUCUUUCCCAGGCAAUGACGAAGUACCGAAAAAAAGGAGCAAGAAAACGUCUCGUACUGACGUCGACCCAGGCACCAUCAAAGCAGCAGUGUAUAUCCGCAACAUUUUCAUGAGAAUCGUAACGGGGGACCUGAAGUUACGCCAAUGUCUUCAAGACCAAGAUCCAGACUGGCACCAGUUCCAUACCUGCCAGUACUACUACACAUGUGCCGUCGAUACAAAAAACAUCACAAAGGUCCUCGAGGGUUGUCGUUCUUUGAUCAUACGGAAGCACCUGGAGCGGUUUGGUAUCAUAUAGACUCCACGCACAGGAGAUUACCCAUCACCUACACUAAAAGCUCUUAACUCAUGGACAUCAUCGAACACCUAUCGAGUUAUACGGUGUUCAAGACAAGCGGAUUGUACGAUAAAGACCAUAUUGGGUCCAUAAGAUCACCAUCUUUAAUGAUGUAUUAUUAAAGUUCAAGAUACCCAGGUAUUGUACAACGUACUGCCUUUAUUCAAGUAACCCAUACAUAUCUGCAUAUGUCGAAGUUGUGCAUAUGCUUUGACCAUUCAGUCAACAAACACGUGGAACAUGUGACUGAAACGAAACGACUUUCAAGUGAUAAAUCCAGUCAGUGUGGCAAAAGAUGAACACUUGACAGACUAUUAGUAUCCUGAUGGAUGACGGAUGUGGAUGUGGAUGUGAGAUGACAAACGUACGCGUCAGAUGCUCAGGCCUAAUUGUACUUUGAACCGAAAGGCCUCAUCAUACACGUUUAAACGACAUUAAUGGUAUGGUGUCAUCAAUCGCUUCGUCAUGGACAAAUCAACUCCAUGUCAUCAUGACGUCAUCAUGUGCUUGAGUGAUAUCACGAACUACGUCAUGAACCUUGUAUAGAUCUGACAAUACUGCCGCUACUAUCGAAGUAACGCAGUUGACUCGUCUUUCAAAAAGAGAAUACUAUUGUUUGUUAUCCUAGUGUGACUUUGAUAAUGCAACCGUGACUAUUGUAUAUAAUCAAAGGCUGUGAAAUUGUGCAUAGGAAUCUGACAAUUUGAUGUAGAUGUUUUUCCUAUCACCACGAUCCGGAGUUGCUUUAUUUGCAUAAAUAUUGCUUUCAUUGAAUACACAGUUUCUGCAGUUAUGACAUACAAAGAUCAUGUAUAAUCUACAGUAUUUUGUGCAUUGACAGCAGCAAAUCAGUUUGAUGAUGCCGCCAAAGAAGAGACCAUUACUUAAGAAUGUAAUGUGCAUCUUCCACAAUGGAACUGCAUAGAAACAGAUCAACCAUUUUAUAUUCUGGGGGUAGGGGAUGGUAGAUGGGAGAUGGGAGAUGGGGGAGACUAGAUUUUUUAAAAACUAAAACUGAGUCUAAAUGAAAAACAAUUCAAAACAAUGUCUUUGAGGCAGACAAUUUCUUAUUUUAUUUUAGCAUUUUCUGGUACAAUUUAUAUCUUUUUUGGUGUCAAAUCCCAGGCCCCAACCCUCAGAAUAUCAAAUGGUCGCUCCCUUACUGAAUAUGAAUAUGAAAUAUACACAAAACAAAUUCACUGUUGUCAUAUGCUGAUACAUUUAAAAAUCGCAGGAUUCAAAACGUACGUGUCAAAUCUGUCGAUGAGUAUUUUUAUCAGUAUGAAAUAACAUAAUUCGACAGAUGAGAGCCGUGUAAGUGUAAACACCAUGAUCUGAAUCUAGGGUUGUAACGGUUUCACGUAACCAAGAUACAAUCUAACCAAUAAUUUGAUAUAAAAGAAAUUCAAAGUGAACCACAAUACCAGAUCGUUAGUCCUUCUCAGUGCGUUUCUAUGGUGUCAGUAUAUGAUUAAAAACAAUUAGAACUCAAAACCCUCAGACUUUUGUGCGAUCGAAAAACAACAGCUGUUGUUAAGAGACAGUUAUGAUCCCAUUGUACAUAUUAAAUAUGAGAAUUUGCAAAUCAAGGAAAAAACUGUGCCCUAAAUAUAUACCACCAACUUGCUUCACAUACACAUUGUCGAUGUUCAAUUCACUUAAAACGUGGUGUGUAAUAGCCGUGAAUACAUGUGUCUGUUUUCAAUUUAAGUGUAUCAUAUGAUAUUUAAAAAUCAAUUCACUGCUUAUUACAUUAAUUUUCGAUUUCUUGUUUCACGGCAAUGGGGACUUUUCUCGAGUAUUUUUUGUCAAUUCCGUUCAGGAUAUGGCUGCGUUUUUAAUCGUCAUAUUUCGUUUUCAAUAUGAAAUCAUUUUGUUAGUUUUUUACUGGUUAUUUCACAAUGCUAAAUAUGCAAACCAUAAUUCUAUUUCAUUCUGUUUCUGGAAUAAAAUCAAUUACUACAAA